AGGGGACAGUGACACGUUUCAAGCAAUGUUGAUGAAAAUGUCGUCGUCUCAUGCCUCAUGAUGUUGCAUCUCUGAAGAUGCUGAUCUUGCCGCAUCAUUGUACCCCCAUGUAGAGGUCACUCUCGCUUGACUAAAUCGUCUGCCUCACCUUGAGGCCUCUUGUCCGCCAAUCUUACACGUCAUUAUCAAGAUGCAGCUGCGAUGGCACGUCUGGCCUAUGCCAAUCAAGCUCGCAUUGUGCUCACUCUGCAUGGCUCUCCUGCUGUAUCAUCUUGCUGGAGCGCCUACGAGGUCAAAGGGAAAGUCAAUCGGUACAUUUGAAACAAAGGAUUCGAACAAGGAACAACCUCCGAUUGAGGGCGCUGCGCCUACAUCGACAGGCCAAAAUGAAUUCAUUUCUCGGUCAUUCACGAGUGAAUCUGAGCGCGGAUGCUACGAUAUGAUUCUAGUCAUUGAAUCGUUCGCUCCGCGUCAGGUGGAUCCAGCGACCUGCGGUAAUGCAGCAGCCCUCGAAAAACACGAGAAAAAAUGCAAAAGAAGGUGCAAGGCUGCCGCAGAGCGAUACAAGGAAGAGUUCUUUCGCCCGGCAAGGCAGAAGACUUUUUUCGUGCGUGACUCAUGUCUACAAAGCGACAAGCUUGCAGCGGUCAUCCAAGAUGACGCAUUUUUGCAACCAAUUGGCUCCGACUCCUGUACCGUUACUUGUGCCUGUAAGAUAUCCAACCAAAUCAGAAUCAGAAUGCCUGUGAUCAAGUCAAAUGGCAUCAAGUUUGUUGUCACUCCGUUCAGGAGCAAGAUUUUCUGGACUGCCAGUCGAGAGAAACCAGUGGCAAUUGAAGGGAUACCCACAUGUCAUCCAGAAGAUAUGGUUACGCGCUGGUCACUAUCAGGAUUCAAGACGCCGGACUUUCCUGAAUGGAAGAGCAGGUACGAAGUCAUCAAACUCAACCUACCUUGCGAUUAUAUACAGUGGGGUGUGACGUGCUACUGUUCGAACCUUGCGAAGGCACUUGGUGAUUAUCGAAAGCACAAAUUCAGGCCUUCGUUCUGCGGAGAGAGACCUGUACUCCAAAAGCAACCAUCACAACGUGCGGGAAAAUCGAAAAAGGCUCGGGUCGAUUCAGCCGCCAAGGGACCUCAACCUGAUGAUUUUGCAGGGCCUACAAGACCAACUGAGCCAGGAUCUCAGAGAUCGUCAGCCGCCGUCAUUGGAGGUCUUGAUGAUUUUGAUGAUCUUGCGGAUACUUCACAGGUCCUAGAUUUGUUCAGGCCCCUUUGGGAUAUCCAGCCGAAUGAAAACGGUGUACCACAGUUUCCACAACAAGGCGAAUGCUCCUACUAUGCACCUUUGGAGUCUGACCAGUGUCAAGCAUCUCAUGAUCCUUCCGCAACUCGGCCAGAUCAAUACAUGGGUCAGUAUUCAGGCAACCCGCGUACAAGCUAUGAGCAGCAGCAGUGUGGAACAUCGACAAGUUGCAAUCCAUCUGGAUCUCUAUUGCAGAAACGCCAAGAAUCAAAGCGGGACGAAGGCGUUGCUGGCAGUAGGUGUACUCCUGGCUCCGGUGCUGUCCAUGAACAGCGCCCUGCUCCCUUCAUCUGAUGGCGCUGUUCGAAUCGCACUUGAAGUUCUUUUAUCUCUUGCGACUCAGCCGACAGGUGAUGUACGCAGCAAUUCUGAGAACUAUGUUUGUAGUUUCAAUUUAAUAUCCAUUCGAAGCUUCAACC